UAAUUUUGAUCUGAAAUGAAACCCAGAAGGACAAACGAAAGCCAAAGACACGAAACAUAACACGAAUGUCACGAAACAUAACAACAACAUCAACAUACACAGUAACCCAUGUCGUGUGAGUGUUCUUUCAGCUGAGAAAAAGCAAAACCCCUAAACCCUGCAACGAUGCGAACGAAAAGUAUGAGGAAGAAGAAGAAGGGUGAUGAUGCUUGUAAAGAAAAUGAAGCAAAAUCGUCGAAAGUGUUGAAAGGAGCAGAAAGAUCAGCAUAUUUCGCAAGAAGAGAAGCAGCGAAAGUAUUGAAAACUGUACUCGAAGGAGAUGCUAAGCGCCGUGCACUUGCUUCUAUCAAAACCCUUGUUUAUCAUCCUUCUGUUAGGAACAAGAAAGCCACUUUUGCUCUCAUCUGUCAAACCCUCAAACAUCUUCCUUUUAUCAACGAUGUUUUGCAAGCUGCUAAAAUUCUUAAUACUAAGUGGAAGAGGCAACAAGAAUUGAUUUAUAUCAUUGUUUAUGAUAUCCUUUUCGGUCAGGAAGUUCCACUGGUUGGUGAUGCAGAGAAGUACCUCAUGCGCCACAAGGAAGCCCUACAUUUACAUCUCAAAAAGAUUUUGUUACAGAAAAAUGUGAAGACUGUUAAAGAGUUGUUUGCUCUACAUGAGGUUCCUGAUGUUUCUGUACCUCGAAAUGUUCGUGUGAAUACACUUAAACUGGAUGUUGAUUCUGCCUUAGUUGAACUUCGGAAAAAAUACUCGGUUCAAAAGGAUGAUUUACUGCAUGACUUGCUGAUACUCCCUCCAGGAACUGAUUUACAUGAUCAUCCUCUUGUAAAAAACGGAAGCAUAUUUCUGCAAGGUAAGGCGAGUUCAAUGGUGGCACCGGCCCUUAGCCCUGAACCAGGAUGGGAGGUUCUUGAUGCAUGCGCUGCACCCGGCAACAAAACUGUCCACCUUGCUGCCCUUAUGAAGAGAAAGGGUAGGAUUAUAGCAUGUGAGCUGAAAAAGGAAAGGAUUAAGCGCUUGAAUGACACUAUAAAGCUAUCUGGGGCUACCAACAUACAGGUUCUCAAUGAGGAUUUCUUGAACAUAAAUUCCAAAGACCCUGCAUAUUCUAAGGUAAAAGCUAUUCUUUUGGAUCCUUCCUGCUCUGGUUCUGGUACUGCUGCUUCUAGACUAGACCAUUUGCUCCCAUCUAAAGCAGCAGGUCAGAAUGUGGAUAUGGAAAGAUUGAACAAGCUUGCAGCUUUUCAGAGAAAAGCUCUUCAGCAUGCCUUCCUUUUUCCAGCUCUGGAACGAGUUGUGUACAGUACAUGUUCAAUAAACCAAAUCGAGAAUGAAGAUGUUGUGAAAUCUGUUUUGCCAAUAGCCGAGUCAUAUGGAUUUCAACUUGUAAAACCCUUCCCUGGGUGGCCGUGUCGGGGUCUUCCGAUAUUUGAAGGCUCUGAAAACCUGGUUCGAACAGAUCCUGCCAAGCACGGCGAGGGUUUCUUCAUUGCAUUGUUUGCCAAGAAAGAUGAUGUUAACCUGUCGGCGAGGUCAAAUAAAAAUGACAAUAGGACGCUCCACAGUUCUACCAGAACUAGAAACGUGCGAAGGAAACAACCAAUUCACACUAAUAUGUUCAAAAUGUGGUUAUCUGGUCAACUGUGCCGGCGUCACCGUCACAUGCUAGACAAUUCCUGCUGUGGUCGAAAUUGAGGGAUGAAAGAGCUGUCUAAGAUAAUUAUUUUUUCUUGUAAGUGUAAAACAAAGCCCAAUCAUAAAAUAGAGUAAAUCAGUUUUGUUUGCAGCAUUUUUACAGUUUUCCUUCCCACAUUUUAGAAAUGAAAGGGAUAAAAUUAUAGUUUUCUACUUUUCUUAAACUCUGUACUAAUGAAAGAAAUUAUGAAGACCAAGCCUCUCUUUGCGACUGCACUGAAUAUUUUUUUGUUCACAAAGACCAAGCAUAGGAGUAUAUAUCCAGACCAUCCACAUUAUCUUUCAA